UUGGAUAUUUGAUAUCGACAGCCUUUUUUAUGCGUUUCAUAACAAGUUGAGUGAGCGUCUCGUCGCACCCGGUUAAUAAAGGCUUUCCAACUAUUUACGAUUUUUCGUGCGAAAUUUGAAAAAAAGUAUUUUUGUAAAGAGAAUCAUCGUCUUUCCAAACUAUUCAAUACUACCCGUGCGAUAUUUGAAAGAGAUAUCGUCUCACUCUUUGGAAAGAUUGAUAAAGAAAGAAGGAAAAAAAGAAAGAUGAAGUCGGCUCGUGUACAAACCUCUCUCUUGCUAGUCGCUGUAGUUUUGGCGAUUCUCUUCGCCUCAAGCGAGGCUUACGAAAAUGGCGCACCGGUAUCUGCAUGUGUGACUGCCACACCAGGGCACGUAACAGGUGAAACACCCAUUCCUCCACAAACUGGUGACGGCCCGUACAAUAUCACUUUUGACGUCCAGGAGUACGUUCGGGGCGACGAGGUCCAAGUUACGAUCGAGGGGACGUUCCAGGGCUUCUUGCUACAGGCUCGUCGAGUCUCGGAUGAUGUGCCUGUGGGUACUUUUACGGCUCCUAACGCAACCAUUGGGAAGCUUCUCCUCUGCACCACCAGUAAUACUACCGUCACUCACACUAAUAUGGACGAGAAGACUGACCAAGUAUUUACAUGGCAAGUCCCAGACGCUGGAACAGGGGACGUUAGAUUCUUCGCCACGGUUGCCACCGACCAUGAUAACUUCUACGUGGGAAUCUUGUCAGAGAUACUUGGUGAUUCCGUGACGGACGCACCAACCACUAUGGGCGAACCUACUACUGCGGAAAUGACCACUGCAAAUGAACCUACUACUGCGGCAAUGACCACUGCAAAUGCUGUCAGGCUGUCUACUGGUUUCGGGAUUCUUCUUCUGGCAGUAGUCAUCAGCGUGCUUCAGUUGUUUGCCUAGAUAUUGCUCUUCUAAACGUUACCAAGCAACUAACUAACAUCAACACAAGUUCUGAAGUCUAGUUUUAAUUUCACUUAACAUCAAGUUAUACAGCCAUGUGUGUUUGAUUACGAUCAAGUUUAAUGUUGUUGCAAGAUUGAAAGAUUAGGUCUGUAGUUGUUUGCAUAGUUAUCGCUCUUCUACCCGGUUGCAUCGUUACGACGACCUUUUACUUUGUGAAAGCAUAAAAACAAGUUUUGAACUUGAGUUUGAAUUUCAUUAAACAUUAGAUUAAAAACAACCAUGUGUGUUUGUUUAUGAUCAAGCUUUUUUAAAGAUAUAAUUGUAAGUUGGAGAAAAUUAGAUCUUUAGUCAAAUUACGUUACGUAUAGAAGCUCUACAUUUCGCUUAAGUUAAAUAAUAUCAUUUAUGAGUGAACUAAUCAUUUUCCAAACGUGAUAUUUCUUUUAUAAUUAGAGUCAUUUUGACUAGGGUUUCUACAUUAAUUUGAUAUUCCAUAUUCCACUUAAGGUGCAGGUAUAAUGUUUUGUAUAGACAAAUGCUGCUUAGUUCCCAUGAUAUUGAUAAGUGUUUACUUAUUACUUGGAUCAACAUGACCAGCAGCUGUUAGAAUUCGUUUUACAAUAUUGUUUUCAUUUCCAUGUAAUCACAAUCCAUUGACAAUGUAACGUGAUAUCUGUUCAUAUUAUUAUGAAGGCUGAUAUACGUAUAGACGUGAAGCUGGAUUGAGAGUUACGUUAAAUUAGAAAUGUUAGGACUGAGUGUGCAUUACGUUUGCCUUGUAUUCAAGAAUUUUGUUUUCUAGCAAUAAUUGUUGCUACAUUUCGGUAACUAUGAUCUAAAAUAAUACUAGUACCAU